AUGGCCUCGCCGGAGGCGGCGGAGACAUCACCGCCGUCCACGCCCACCACCAGCGCGUCCCCCUGCCCGACCCCGCGCCCGCUGGCAACCACACCGCCGACCAUGGGCGACACGCUUCUCCGCGCGGCGCGCAGCGGCGACGAGCGGCGGCUCGUCAAGGCGCUCCUGGCCGACCCGGCGGCCCCAGACCUCGAGACCGCGGCCACAGCCGGAGGGAACACGCUCCUCCACGUGGCCGCCGCGAGCGGGCACGCGGACCUCGCGUCGCUCCUCCUCCGCCGCGCCCCGCGCCUCCUCCCGGCGCGCAACGCCGCGCUCGACACCCCGCUCCACCUCGCCGCGCGCGCGGGGGCGCACAAUGUCGUCGCGCUCCUCGUCGCCUCCUUGUCCACGUCCUCGUCCUCCCCCGCGUGCUCCCUGCGCGCCCUGACCCGGGCCACGAACCGGCGCGGGGAGACGGCGCUGCACGACGCCGUGCGGGGCGGCCACGAGGCCGCGGCGCGCGCGCUGGCCGCCGCGGACCCGGGGCUCGUGGGGCUGUGCGGCGGCGCUGGGGAGUCGCCGUUUUACAUGGCGGCGGCGGCCGGGUCCCUGGGGAUGGUGCGCGUGCUCUUAAAGACAUAUAGGGACGCGGAGGAGGAGGAGGUGCCCGGGCUAGGUUCGAGCAUGGGUCCGGGCGGCCGUACCGUGAUGCACGCCGCUGUGCUCACGAGCAAUGAAAUGAUACGGGAAUUGCUGCAGUGGAACCAAGCUCUUGUGAAAGAAGUUGAUGACUCAGGCAGUACUCCUUUUCACUACAUUGCAUCUGUUGGAAAUAUUUCCGCAAUGAAGCUCUUAUUGCGCCGUGACAGUUCUCUAGCCUACAGCUCAGAUUCAAAUGGUUUAUUUCCUGUACAUAUUGCUGCUAAAAUGGGAUACGGACAAUUCAUCUACGAGCUCUGUAAAUUCUGCCCAGAUUGUGACGAGUUGCUUGACAGUAGAGGAAGAAAUUUCCUACAUAUUGCUAUUGAGCAUAAGAAAUGGAAAGUUGUUUGGUGUUUCUCUGGUACUGAAGAUCUUGGAAGGAUGGCGAAUGUCAUGGAUUCAGAAGGCAACACACCUCUGCAUCUUGCAGUCAAGAAUGCAGACCAGAUGAUAGUGAGCCUUCUUAUGGCGACAAAAGGUGUACUGCCAAAUACAGUGAACAACCAGGGCUUCACUGCCUUAGAUCUUGCUGUACUGGCAACUGACAAAGGCAUAAGUUAUACACUGAAUCCUCAGGUCAUCAUACUCCGCUGUUUGGCAUGGACUGGAGCUGUCCUUAGUCCUCGUCGCCUCGAUCAUUUCAUAGAUGAAUUUGGCGUUGGCAGAACUUCUGGAAACGAGUUCAAGAAAUUCACCAACAUUGCACAGAACUUAAUUGUUGGGUCUGUCCUUGUCUCAACGGUCACGUUUGCAGCAGUUUUCACUCUGCCUGGUGGCUACAUAUCGGAUGGGUAUCCACAUGCCGGUGCACCAAUUCUGUCGCACAGGUAUACCUUCAAGGCGUUCGUGAUGGCAAACACACUCGCAUUUGUCGGCUCCACGUUGUCCACCAUCUGGCUCACCUAUGCUGGGUCAGAACACGUCCAUCCACUGCUUCGUGCAAUCUCCAUGUUCCUCUCUGUAAUUUCGAUGGAGCAGGCAACGAGAAGUAUGGUUAUAGGGUUCGCAUUGGGCGCAUAUGUCGUCUUGAGCCCUGUCAGCGAGCGGAUUGCCAUUGUGGUCUGCAUGUCUACGUUCAUGACGCUCUUGCUUCGCAACCCUUCUAGCUGGCAGCUGUGGUUCCUGUUCAUGCCGAUUAAGAGGCGAUUGGGAUGGAAAGGAGCUUUCAAGACCCACUUGCCUCCGGAAACAAGGAGCCGUCUUACAAUAGGUGUUGGCUCCAAUUUUGCUUGUCAAUUCCUUCGGAGGAUGCUUGGUAUGUUAUUUACGUACAGCUUUAUCUUUCUGUUAGCAUUGCUAUGA